UAUUGUAGUUGGAAAAAAGAGUUGGGAUUUCUUUGUCACAUAAAGUUACUUAUAUGCAAAUAAGUACUUUACCCCUUCUUAGCUGUCCUUUCUGUAGUGAACUUGUUCGUUGAAAUCUGCUGUAAAAAGGGCUCUGCUCCCCUCUCUUAUUUCCUUCUGGUAGUCAUCAAACAUCAUCCCCCAUUGUUAUUAGAGGUUGUGGAAAUGGCAAAACCCGGUGUUUUUGUUUGUCUUGUGAUUGUUAUUGUGGAUGUAGCUGCUGGUAUUCUCAGCAUUCAAGCACAAAUUGCCAAAGACAAGGUGAGACAUAAAAGCCUAAAGAGAUUUGAGUGCCAAGAACUGAAUGAUCAAGCUUUCAAGCUAGGGUCGGCUGCAGCAACUCUACUAGCUUUGUCCCAUGUUACUGCCAACUUGCUUGGUGGCUUCACGUGCAUCUGUUGCACAGAAGAGCUUGAAAGAUCAUCUGCCGACAGGCAACUCUGGUUCGGGUGCCUUGUUCUUUCUUGGAUUGUAGUAGCUGCUGGAUUUCCAGCCCUGGUUAUGGCGACGCUAGAGAAUUCCAAAUCAAAAGGGUCAUGCCAGGUUUUGCAUCAUCAUUUUCAAAUUCUUGGAGGGAUACUGUGCUUUGUACAUGGCUUGCUGAGUGUUGCACUCUAUGUUUCUGCACUCAUGGACUACAAGGAGACCCUUAAACAAUGAAUAUGGUCCAUCAAUUUCCACCAAAUUCGGAGGAUGGGAGAGUAGCUGGAUAAGGACUUACCUAAUCAAGCUGUGUACCUAGUGCUUUCUUAGGGGUAGGAAAUAGAAGCAAAACAGGAAAAAGCAAUCACUUUUUGCUUAAGGCUGAGAGGUCCAAACAGAGAUUUUCUUGUUAAGAGAUUGGAAGGAAAGUGGGGCAAUUGGCUUUUCCUAGUAUGCCAACAGCUACAAUUAACUCUACUCCAAAUAAAUAUUUGUCAUUUUGCUUUGUUCCUACCAUGCGUGGACCGUACAACAUCUCUUCGUAAAAUCAAUU